CUCACUCGCUCUGUCUGCGCUCAGUUUAAGUGCAGGGAUCCAGCGCAUGGAAGGUAGAGGGCAGAAGUGCGUGUUUCCUCUCCUCCCCUUUACCUCCGUUCAUCUUCUCAUUCAGAUGACAGCCUGAACGCUCGCUGGAAACAACAGGAUGAGUGUGUACCUGUGCGUGUGUGGCGUACUCCAGUGGAGAGUCUCAUUCAUCAUGCUGUAACAUCAAGCAAACUGGCUCUACAAGAGAAAGAGACACAGAAAGAGAGCUUGCAGAGUAAAAUGACCACCAGGCGGUGAGCAAUGAGGGUGUGUUGACUUGCUCUCUCUCCUCACACUGUUUCUUCAUGAGGGCUGAGAGAUGACCAUGAACGGCCGCUGGUCCUUCAAAACCCUGACCGUCAUCUUCAUCCUGCUGUCCACUGCAGCUCUCUCGGCGCACUUCAGAGUGUGUGAGCCUUACUCCGACCACAAGGGGCGCUAUCACUUCGGUUUCCACUGCCCUCGACUCUCGGACAACAAGACCUACAUUUUCUGCUGUCACCAUAACAACACGGCCUUCAAAUACUGCUGCAACGAAACCGAGUUUCAGAGCGUGAUGCAGCUCAACCUCACCACCAACUCAGACGGCUAUGCCCACAAUAACUACACCGCCCUCAUCGGUGUGUGGAUUUACGGCUUUUUCGUCAUGAUCCUUCUGGCUUUGGACUUCCUGUACUACUCGGCUAUGAACUACGAGUUGUGCAGGGUCUACCUGGAGAAAUGGGGCCUGGGAGGACGGUGGCUCAAACAGGCCAGGAGUCAAUGGCACAGCACAGCUCAGGAGGGUGAACACAACAUGGGAUCAGGCCUGAGUCACCACCACCAUCCACGGCACAGUUUGAGAAGCGAAGCACAGAGCCCUACGCUCCUGACCUUCCAGACCUCAACAGCCUGAUAUCCAGCUUUGAUCCCAAGGAUAUACUUGAUAUGACAAAGGAGGAACAGCCAGGAAAUGGAGAUUUAGUUUUCUUAGACUCUUUUCCUGGCCCCAUCUACAUUUACGACACGGACUGUGCCGGCGACCUCCUGCAGCUCUGCUGGAUGGCAUUUUCUCUAUGUUGAUGCUGAGACUGACGGCUGCAAAUG